AUGAAUCUAUUUCUGCUAAUACCAGGAACACUAUCGAAAUCCGUGUGUUCUGCUGGAUCCAGCGAGUGCACCGGUAAUGAAAUGAAAAUGUGUGACAAAAGCGGCCAGUGGAUCACGAUGCCAUGUCCUGCUGGAACAAUGUGUGAAUUUAUUGGUGGUAAAGUAAGCUGUGGUCAGUCAGAUGAUGAUUCCAUCAGUGAAUCAAUGAGUUUGGAGGAUGACCUUGCUUUACUUGAAGACAAUUGGAAGAAUAACAAGAAUAUCAGCAACUUAGACGAUUUUACAAGCAAGAAUCAGCAUAAAAAGAGCAAAAAGAAAAGCCCUAAGAAAUCAAAGAACAAAUCAGCCAAAAAGCCACCUAGAAAGAAGCAGGAGGAAUCAGAUACGAAAUCUCCCAAGAAAUCAGCCCAAAAACCAAAAAAGAGCAAGAAGCCUAAGGAAUCAAAAAAGACCAAAACAGUCACAGUCUAUAGAACAGAUUCAUUACAAAACAAGCAACAAAAUGGACGCAAUUCAACUAAGAGUCAGAUGGAACCAUCCAAAACAAUUGGUGAUACUGAUAAGCUUAUCAGUACAUUAUCUGAUUUGAUCAAUAAGGCACGGGCAGUUACAAUGACAAAGACGGUCACUGAGAAAGUUGGACCAAAAGAAUUGAAAUUGGAAUACACUGGUCCAGGACAGGCACCACAGACAGCAUCACCAGAAAAACCAAAUACCAAGGGAGCAGCAUCAAGCAGUCCAGGAGCACCAGGAGCAUCAAGUAGUCCAAGUAGUCCAAGUGGAGCAAGUAGUGGCUCAGGUAGCCCUGGUAGCUCUCCUUCUUCAUCAGGCAGCUCACCAUCACCAUCACCAUCUGCUUCACCAUCGCCAUCGCCAUCUGCUUCGCCAUCACCAUCGCCAUCACCAUCACCAUCUAGUUCACCUUCUCCUCAACCAACUUCAGCUGGAAAUGCACCAUCCUCUCCUCAACAAUCUAGUUCAGCAGGUGGUGCCAAACCAUCUUCAUCACCAUCAUCACAACCAGCAUCUUCAUCACCAUCAAAUCAGCCAAAACAACCUGAUGAUAAGAAAUCAGAUGAUAAAAAGGGAUCAUCAGGUGGAUCAAUCAUAGAUAAAGAGACACUAAGUGGAGCAAUGAAGGAGUCUGGAUUCCAGCCAAAAGAUGAGUAUUUGGAUGCAAUGGUAGAUGGAGUAAACAAGGGGUUUCAGGAUAAGGCAAUGGCAUGUCAAUUCAUAGCACAAUGUGCCCAUGAAAGUGGAGGAUUCCAAUUUGUGGAAGAAAUAGAUUGUGCUGGUGAUAAAUGUGCGGGUAAAUAUGGAUCAGAUCAGGGUGCACCAGGAAAGCAGUACUAUGGUAGAGGAUUCAUUCAGCUGAGUUGGCCUGAUAACUACAAGGCAGCAUCCCAGAAAUUGUAUCAGAAUACAUCACUGUUUGAUGAUCCAGACCAGGUUGCCAAGGUCACUGAGAAGGCGUACGGGGUAUCAGAGUGGUUCUGGAAGACAAAUGUCGAAGGAAAGGAAGGAGUGGGACCAGACCACUUUGGAUACAGCACCAAGGCCAUUAAUGGAGAACUGGAAUGCAAGAACAACAACAAUAUUGAUAAGAGCAAAAAAAGAUACGAAAUCUACCAGAAAUUGGCUAAAGCAAUGAAAUUGGAAAAGGUGGCUGACGAAAAGGGAUGUUACACUGCAUAA